CGACGAGCGAGGGGAGUCACCUCAGCGCUGCGCGAGAUAUGAGACCGGGCCGCUCUGCUGUCGGUGCCUGUUCCGCUCAACAAGAACACCACGAAGGCGUCCGCGGGGGAAGGAGACGGGCAGAGUGAGCCGAGAGAUCCCCCCCGAGAGGAGGAGAAGAAGAACGACAACAAGAAGAAGAAGAAGAAGAAGAAGAAGGAAACCACAGGAGCGUCUCCGUCUCUGCGCUCGCGGAUCGGUCGCAGUCUGCGGCGCGUGCACACCGCCUCUCUGCCGCCCCCCUCCUCCUCGUGCGUGUGCGCGCGUGCGUGUGUUUACAAGUGUGUGAGACGAGCGCCAGGAGCGAGGGGAGAAGAAGGAGAGGGAAGAAGGAUAAGAAGAAGGAGGAGGAUAAAGCCAAGGAAAGGAAGGAGGGAUGGUGGACAACUCCAACAGUAGCAAGGCGCAAAUGCCCAGUAUGUCACAAGAGCCUGGUGUGGCCUUUCCUCAGAGCACCUCUACAGGGGGGAUGAAGCUGGAGGCAGUGAUGGAGCAACUCCAGCGCCAACAGCAGGCUCGACUUGAAAUGGAGCGCAAGGAGAGGAAGCUGCGAGAGGCCCAUAUCAUGUAUGCCCAGCAGGUUGCUGCCCAGCAAGCCAUCCUGGCAGCUGCCCGGGCUUCUGGGGCCACAUUCAUGGGCAAAAGCCUGGCCGGAGUCAUCCCAGGAGGCGGGUUGCCUCCCCGGGUUUCCAAUCAGAGCAGUGUGGACUCCGAAAGAGAGGAUGAUGAGGACAGAGGCCGUGAUUCUGGGGAUGAGGAUGACGACAAUGAAAUGAUGGAAGGAGACGAGGGCAGUGAUGAGGAUGAGGGAAGUGCCAGUGGUCUGGAGUUCCUUCGCAAGCAGACCCUCGCUUUGCAGCAAAGCGCCUCCCGCAUCCCUUCCCGUCCAUUUGGCAGUUACUCUGCUUCGGCCCCCCAGAGGGCUGCGUCGCCACCUAUCAGAGUGAAGCAGGAACCUGACGAGGGCCUGUCUCCUGCGGGGCCUCACUCAGCUACCUCUCCUAAUGGACAGGCAGACUGGGGUUUUGAAGAUCACUUCAGACAGAAUGGCAGUGCAGGUUGGGCGGAUGAGGCCGACAGCAGCAGAGGGAGAGGAGAGGCCUCCAGAGACUUUGCAAAGUUGUAUGAGUUGGACAGUGACCCCAAAAGGAAGGAGUUUUUGGAUGAUCUCUUCACCUUUAUGCAGAAAAGAGGAACCCCUGUCAAUCGUAUCCCCAUCAUGGCAAAACAGGUCCUGGAUCUGUACAUGCUGUACAAGCUGGUGACUGAGAAGGGGGGGCUGGUGGAGGUCAUCAACAAAAAGAUCUGGAGAGAAAUCACAAAGGGACUCAACCUUCCUACCUCCAUCACUAGUGCAGCUUUCACCCUGCGCACACAGUACAUGAAAUACCUGUACCCCUAUGAGUGCGAGAGGAAAGGCCUUAGCUCCCCGGGUGAGCUCCAGGCCGCCAUCGACAGUAACCGACGCGAAGGCCGUCGUCCGAGCUACAGCAGCAGCCUCUUCCGCUUCUCCCCUUCUCCAAGCACAGCCCCCCACAUCCUCUCACCUCCCAAGAUGCACCUUUCAGCUCUGGGGCACGGGACCUCGGCAGUCCUCAAUGGCCUGCAUGCCUCACCAGGACCCUCUCUGAAGAAAGAUGACCUGACCUCCUCCAUCAUGGCAGGGCGGUCCUCCAUGGCGCUGGCCCUGGGUCAGCACCAGGUUGCUGGAUUGGCAAGAGCCGCCACACUGGAGCAGUUGAGAGAAAAGCUGGAGACCGGCGUUGGAGGAGAGGGGCCAGAGAGGAAGAUGGCCCGUCUGGCAGAGGAGCAGCAGCGUCUGAUGCAGCAGGCUUUCCAACACAACCUGCUGGCUAUGGCAUCCCAAAUGCCUAUGAACCUGCGCAUGGGAGCCCCCGUCAUCACCACCAGAGAUCAGAAGCAGCAGGAUAUGUCUCUUAGCAUCUCGACUAAUGGGAAUGCCAGCAUCACAGUCUCAGUGGAGGUCAAUGGCACAGUCUACUCAGGAACCCUGUUUGCCCACAAGUCUGCAGGGGCCCCGGGGCCUGCUGUCUCGGCUGCGGCUGCUACAGCCUCCCCUGCUGGAACCAGCACUAGCUUUGGCUUCUCUAUGCCCCCGGCUCAGACCCUCAGCCCCUCGUCCUCCUCAUCCUCCUCCAAGGGUCCUGGCUCGGCCGAGCCUGUCCCCAGCGGGUCACCUUGACUCCAGCUGCCCUUUGUACCUGCUCCCCUGGCCUCUCUUCCACUGGGAGACCCCGCAUGAAUAUACAGUACAAUGAGAAACCAAUAAGAUUAACAAACUGUUGCACAACAAAUACCUCAUCAACCCUGUCAACGUCUUGGCUGUCCAAUCAUGAACACAGAGCCUGAGAAUAUUAUAUGACAACAUGUGCCCGAACGCACAGCUAUGCAUUUUACUCAACACACACACACACACACACACUCACACACACACUACACAACAAACGCACACAGACACACAAUCCACACACAUGUGUUAAUCCUAAUGUACAUGCUAAACACAAUCAGCUCAGCCAAAACCCACUGACAGGUGUAGUCACAACUGAACUUGAAAAGUUUUAUCUUAGGACAUUUUGUUUGUUUGUUGCCAUUUUUGUCGUCUUUUUUGAUUUUGUGUUUUAGAAUGAUUUUGUUUUUAGUUUUUCCCUUUUAACAUACCUCAAAUCAAGUAACCUGCAGUGGUGUCUUUACCUCAGGAGCUGUAGUAUAUUUAACCUGAAUCAACUUUAUUUUUGUAUUCUUUUUGACCUAGUUGCAAUCAGGGGAAGUCGGGUAACUCUCACCAGUGGAACCUUGUGUACAUAGCAGCCACCUCGCAGUGACAGGCCUCCAAGCCGGGCCGCUCACGUUUCUUUAACAUGCUGUUGCCCCCUUUGCUGAAUUCAAACUGGUGAAUGAUCAGAUGCUGUAGAUCAGCACAUUAAAUACCUCGUUUCAUAACUCCGCCCUCAAUUCAGAUUACGUGAAAUCCAUUGAAGAAAGGCUGGAGGCGCAAACCCUAAAUCUAACCUCUCCCAGGUCCACACAAGCUGUCCUUAAACAAACGGUGCACAAAGCUGGGGGAACAGCAACUCACAAGCCUCGCAGACCCUGAGCUCAUGUCUCCACUCGGCCCCGAUCUUUGUUACAGAGCAGUAGCACUGAGGCCUUCUUAGCCCCCCUGCUACACAAUCAGAUUUGAGCUAUUUGUAGCUCAUUUUGUUUAUGCAUCCUUCCUCCAGCUGCAGCCACAUAGCUGAAUGCCAAUCUGACAGCAUCAUUGUCAACGCAUAGUUCUCAGACCUCAUACCCGCCCCUCUGCUCUGGAGGCCAUCUCUCUCUCUCAGGAAGUGACAACUGCAAGGACUCACUGUUAAAUUAAAGGGAAACAAGAAAGGAUUCAUACCUGAAGAAUGCACAAGUCUACAUGACUGUUUAUACCUCAUCAGACCCCCUCACAAGGGGGGUUACACUACAUACCUCAUACGGCUGCAAGGCCAUCGGGACUUGACGCCCCAAAAACCUGUGAAUGGAAAUCGUACCUGAACUGAAACUGACACAAACAUACUCUAACACUCUGCUUAUGGUUUUGGGGACAAAUAGAACUGGGGUGGGCUCGCUAUCUCUCUCUCCUGUAUUUACUUGUAGAACUUUUUUAUGCUUGCUUCAAUCUUUCUUUCUUUCUGCCUCCCUUCUGUCCUUCUUUCCUUCUUUCUUUGGUUUCUCGAGUUGUUGUCUGAGAAUUUAUCUGCAUCAUUUUCAGGGAAGAGGAAAACAGCUGUAGCCAUUUCCUCACUGACAUAUGUAGAUUUGUGGGAUUGAUCACAGGUUUCAAGGUCACAGAGGUCGAGAUGAAUAAAAAAGAAACGACCACGUUAACCUUGAAUUUGAUUGUGAUUUGCAUUAUCGCAGUUAAUAUCUUCUUUGAUGACAGCAGCGAAAUGAUAUGCAUGUGUACAAUCAUGUGACCAGUGCUUUAACACUCUUAUCCUCUGGUUCACAUUAGACUCUGGUUAUUGCACAGCUAAAUACCAAAGACUAGCCCAGUCUCUCUAGAAAGAUCCCUCAUACUGUCCUGCUCACACCCACUGUGGUGCACUGCACGACAGGUCAAGGUCCAAUUUUGGAAAAAAAUGUUGCAUCUAAUCUCACUUAAUCUUUUUUUUUUUUAUAUAAGAAUAUAUUUAGGGUGAUGUGAGGUAAAUUUCUUUGAUUUUGUGACAUGUACAGAUGGACAUUAUUUGUAGGCUAUUAGCAGAUAUUUAAGUGUCGUUGUCCAGAACUUGGCCCAGAUGCUGUUGCUUCUCCCUCUAAUUUAAUCCCACCCACUGUGGACGCAGUGCUUCGCCGCCAAAGUGGACAGAUGCUCAUGAGUUUAAUAAUUAUAAAGACCCACUUCCUGAUGAUGCAGAAACACGUGGGUUAUCCCUUCAAUUGUAAGGUAUUUUUCUCCCUUUAAUAUAAAUUCUUAGCAUUUUCAAAACACCAUAAUGGAUGGACAUGACUUUUCUAGCUUUAUCUGUGUUGAAUGUGAGGCAUUUUAACUGUGUAGAAACCCCUUAAAGCCCGGUGUGAACUGAGGAGGCAGACUUGUUGCUUUUUAUUAGACUGUAUUUUAGCCAUUACGUGUCAGGUUUUGCAGACGUUUUGCGGUGCAGAUCACAGUUGAGGGUUCGAGGGGCUGGACGAUGGUGCUGUUAGUCCUUUUUGCUGUACCCUUCAGAACCCUGUAUGACACAUAACUGUAUUUUAUAAUGGUGAGAAUUGUAGAUGCUGCCUUAAAAAUAGUUGCUGGUGAGAUCCGGACAGUGGAGCUUUCACUACUCAGCUGGCUGGGAAUAAAACAAAUGUCUUUCUCUUCGAGCUUAAUCCUUUGGAGAGUAAUCAAAGAAUUCAAUCAGAUGUUAGACACCAGUUGUGAGAGGAGAGUUUUGCUAUUUAUUUGUGUUUAUUUUUUUUCU